AUAGCCGUUCAAUUCACACAAAAUUAAAAAUAUUUGAUUUUUUUUUCUCUUCAUUUUUCUCUUCCUCUCAUUCGAUUCUGAAUCUCGCAAAUCAAAUCUCGCUCAAGAAAACUCUCGUCGUUUCACUCUAAAUCUUCAGGAUUUACAUUUUUUCAUGAAAUUUGACUAGCUUGAAAGCUUAUGCAUGAGUGAUUUUGAAGGCUUAAUUGCUUAUUUGAUUGAUAUAGUUAGAUUAUGAUGGCUUCAACUGUGCUCAAUUUCGUUAAUACUACAUUAGAUUGGGUUACACAUGCUUUAGAUGCUCCUUCUGCAAGCGCUAUAGUUUUUGGAUUUAAUAUUGGUGGACAUUUAUUUAUUGAAGUUCUUCUCCUGGUGGUUAUACUUUUCUUGCUAUCUCAGAAAAGUUAUAAACCUCCUAAAAGGCCAUUGACAAACAAGGAAAUUGACGAGCUAUGCGAUGAAUGGGUUCCACAACCCCUUAUUCCUUCUAUUGAUAAAGAUUUGCAGUAUGAACCACCAGUGCUGGAGAGUGCUGCUGGCCCACAUACCAUAGUUAAUGGUAAAGAAGUUGUCAAUUUUGCUUCAGCAAACUAUCUUGGGUUAAUAGGUCAUCAAAAGUUAAUUGACUCAUGUUCUUCUGCUUUAGAGAAAUACGGUGUUGGUUCAUGUGGUCCCCGUGGGUUUUAUGGAACAAUUGAUGUUCAUCUUGACUGUGAAGCAAGAAUAGCAAAAUUUUUAGGAACGCCUGAUUCAAUUCUAUACUCUUAUGGACUUUCAACCAUGUUCAGUGCUAUUCCUGCUUUCUCCAAAAAAGGAGAUAUAAUUGUGGCGGACGAGGGAGUCCAUUGGGGAAUACAGAAUGGUCUUUAUCUUUCUAGAAGCACCGUGGUGUAUUUUAAGCACAAUGACAUGGAUUCUUUACAAGAAACUUUAGAGAACAUUACUUCUAAAUAUAAGCACACCAAGAAUUUGAGGCGUUAUAUUGUUGUUGAAGCUCUCUACCAGAAUUCUGGCCAAAUAGCACCCUUAGAUGAUAUCAUUAAAUUGAAGGAAAAAUAUCGGUUUCGUAUUUUAUUGGACGAGAGCAACUCAUUUGGUGUGCUUGGAACUUCUGGAAGAGGUCUCACUGAACACUAUGGAAUUCCAGUUGAAAAAUUAGAUCUUAUAACUGCUGCUAUGGGACAUGCAUUGGCUACAGAAGGAGGAUUCUGCACCGGAAGUGCAAGAGUUAUAGAUCACCAACGAUUGAGCAGCUCUGGCUACGUCUUUUCUGCUUCUUUGCCUCCAUAUCUUGCAAGCGCUGCAAUUACAGCUAUUGAUGUCCUAGAGGAAAAUCCCAGUCUGUUAACAAAGUUGAAGAACAACGUCGCUGUCUUACGGAAAGGGUUGUCGGAAAUACAAGGCUUUACAAUUGCAAGUCAUCCAGAGUCACCAAUUGUUUAUUUGAGAUUAAAGAAGUCACAGGGUUCUUUGAAUGAUGACCUACGACUGCUUGAAAAUAUAGCGGAGCGUGUUUUGAAAGAAGAUUCUGUAUUUGUGGUGACUUCAAGAAGAUCAACAUUGGACAAGUGCCGUUUGCCUGUAGGAAUUAGAUUGUUUGUUUCUGCAGGGCAUUCAGAGUCUGAUAUUCACAAGGCAUCUGAAUCAUUGAAAAGGGUUGCUGCAUUAGUUUUGUAGUAUUUGUAAUUUUUUGUGUAAUAUUUUCUGGGCUAGCUUAGGGUGACACUUUUUUUUGUGUGUUGCUCAUUGAUACGUGGUAAGCUGUAGAAUAAGGAUUUAAGUUUCUAAUCGUGAGUUGGAAAAUGCUUGUGAAUUUAUUCAGAUUUUUUUUUUCCUUUGACUCUUAGCAUGUCAGAAGUAUGGAGUUUAAAUUAUCAUUAGUUUGUUGUUGAACAAGGUAGGCGAUGAUGAUCCCUAUUGUGCGAGCAAAGUUAUUUCCCUAGUAUAUAAAUCAAACUUUUCUUGUUCAUAA